AUGGCUGAGCGUGGACGUGGUGGUUUCGGACGUGACCGUGGACGCGGUGGCCGCGGUCGUCGCGGCGCUCGCAAGGACGAGAAGGAAGAGUGGGUGCCUGUGACGUCGCUUGGUCGUCUCGUGAAGGAUGGCAAGAUCAAGUCGAUGGAAGAGAUCUACCUGUUCUCGCUCCCCAUUAAGGAGUACCAGGUGGUGGAUAUCCUGCUGCCGAAGCUCACCGACGAGGUGAUGAAGAUCACACCUGUGCAGAAGCAGACGCGUGCCGGUCAGCGCACUCGUUUCAAGGCCUUUGUGGCCAUUGGUGACUCGGACGGCCAUCUCGGUCUGGGUGUCAAGUGCGCCAAGGAAGUGGCCUCUGCCAUCCGUGGCGCCAUGAUUAUGGCCAAGAUCUCGAUCAUUCCCGUGCGUCGUGGCUACUGGGGUAGCGCGCUCGGUAAGCCACACACGGUGCCGGCCAAGGUGUCGGGCAAGUCUGCCUCGGUCAUGUGCCGUCUGGUGCCAGCUCCUCGUGGUAUUGGUAUUGUGGCUGCACCUGCGCCUAAGCGCCUGCUCCAGCUCGCUGGUAUUGAUGACGUGUACACACAGUCCAAGGGCCAGACGGCUACGAUGGGCAACUUCCUGAAGGCCACGUUCGAGGCCGUCGCCAAGACGUACGCGAUCCUUACGCCAAACCUCUGGGAGGAGGUGCCUGUCCCUCCAACGCCAUACGUCGAGCACGCCACGCACCUUGCUCGCGCUGGCAAGAAGCUUCAUUAA